AUGUCUCCCAUCUCGCUGUCCGGCCAGCGCGCAUCCAAAAUGCAUGCCUUGACCCCGCCUCUUUCACGGAGGAACUUUAAUUCAGAUGCGUCUCUUGUCCUGGUGGGCAUUCGAGGCUCUGGCAAGCGGUCCUUGGGCUUCAUUGCGGCCGCCGCCUUGAACCGCAGGUUUAUUACAGAGGACUACUUUUUCAAAGAGGUCACUGGCCAUACUCGUCAUGAGUUCUUGCAAAAGUUUGGCAGUCAUGAAUUCCAACGACGGGAUAUUGAGGUUCUUAAAUUGAUGCUUGACAACCACCGGACACACUGCGUGAUCGAGUGUGGCCUGGGCAGUUUGACUCGCGUGAUCCAGGAACAUCUUCGCCAAUACUCGCAAACCAACCCGGUGGUCUACCUGUUGCGAGAUAUGGACCAGAUACAGCGAUUGCUGCGACUGCAAGAUUCCUCGGCGAAACGGCUUGAAAACGGCGAUCCCUAUCAUCGGACGUGUUCCAACUUUGAAUUCUACAAUCUUGAAGAGCAUGUACCCAUGGAUCUAUCACAAGAAGAAGGCACUCCAGACCGACGGUCCGUCAACUAUGCCUUUAGGUUGAAGGAUGCCAAAGAGGAUUUCACUCGAUUCGUCAGGUUUAUUACUGGGGCUAUGGCUACCGACCCUGGUUUUGAUUCACCAUUUGUGUUGCUUGAAACCCCUCCUGAAAAGCGAUACUAUACCCAUGCCGUGUUUAUUCGGUUGUCUACGCUUACGAGUGAUGUAAUUGACCUUUCGGAAUUGGAGUCAGGCAGUGAUGCAAUCGAGCUGUGCAUAGAUUCCUGGAAUUCCGACUCUGUCAACAGCGUGGCAAAGUAUGUCUCUACCCUACGCAGAAUUGCCAAGGUCCCUAUAAUCUACUCGGUCGAUAUUGCUGCCCUUGGCAUUAGUCCACACAAUUCAAACCCUGAGAAACCGCGAGAGCUCUACUUUCAGAUUAUUGAGUAUGGGCUACGACUUGGGGUUGAGUAUUUAGCCAUCGAUCUGGGUCGGGAUCAAACCCGGCCAGUACAAGUUGUACGGGGUCGGGGCAUGACGAAGAUCAUCGGGCAUUACACACUGGAGCCAUCAUCCGGCAUAUCAUGGGAAGAUGAUGCCUGUCUAUCAAUCUACCUAGAAGCCGAGAGAUUAGGCUGUCAACUUGUGCGGAUCCUGCGUACAGCGACCUCGAGAGAAGACAACGAAUCUGUUCGCAAGUUUGUUGACCGGAUCAAGUCGUUAUCAGGCACUCAUCCACCGAUAAUUGCAUUCAACGUGGGUUCGAUAGGAAGGAGUUCCCAGGUAUUCAACUGCAACCUGACUUCGGUCACUCACCCUGCCAUACCACGAAGUGUGCAGAAAGAAAACGAUCCCCAAAUCACAUCUCAAGAUGGCGUCCGCGCGCUGUUUCAAAGCUAUAUGCUAGAUCCACUCAAUUUCUACAUCAUCGGGGCCAGUGUGGCCUACAGUAUAUCUCCGGCAAUGCACAAUGCUGCGUACCGGAGCUGCGGCCUGGAACAUGUAUAUCGCAUCCCAGACAAGCCGUCAGUUGCUAUUCUAGAUGAGUGGCGACACGACCCGCACUUUGGUGGCAGCAGUGUGGUCCAGCCCUGGCGAGUCGACAUUGCCAGCCAGUUGACAUACAAAAGUCGGCAUGCGGAAGCAAUUGGAGCCAUCAACACGGUAAUGCCUCUACGGGCGAGUGCAGACGGGACCAUCUACCCGCUUCCAGAGCAAGCAAGUCGUCGAAACCAAGCUGGACGUAUUGCUGCAUGGUGGGGAGAGAACACAGACUGGAUCAGUAUCAUGGUGUGCUUACGCCGGAACCUAUCGCCUCGAAAUGCUAUCAGUCCGGUCAAGACGACCGGCUUGGUGAUUGGAGCCGGAGGAAUGGCGCGGGCCGCCAUCUAUGCCAUGCUACAACUGGGAUGCCGCAAGAUCUUUGUUCUGAACCGGACACUGUCGCGAGCAGAAGAGGUGGCUCGGCAUUUCAACUCGUGGGUUGCCUCUGAACACACCGAUUCCGGAGCUGCCGUACGUGUGUUGCGCUCGGCCGAAGAACCGUGGCCGCCUGAGCUGGCUUUCCCAUCGAUGAUUGUUUCUUGUGUGCCUGAAUCAAGUGUGCAAGAUCGACCGCCCGCAAACUUUGUCAUGCCUCUUCAGUGGAUGGGCAGCCCGACUGGCGGCGUGGUCCUCGAGCUGGCCUACAAGCCUCUCGAAACGCCACUCACACGGCAACUUCGUCGCUACCGAGAAGAAACGAACACGCCGUGGGUUCUCGUCGACGGCCUCGAGCUUGUCGCGGAACAGGGAUUUGCGCAGUACGAGCUAAUGACGGGACGAAAGGCGCCUCGGCGGUUGAUGAUGACUGAGGUGCUACGCAACUACGUGGGAGAGCAUGGCCCUCUGGACGAGAAGACGAUCAAGGCUCGCCUGGAGAUGUGGACGUAG